ACUCCAAUGUAAGCAUGCCCGGAAGUGUGUCUCGGUAUUAAGAGACGUUCACGGCGCUCCGACAUGACGCAACCGUUAAACAAGUUUAGUUAGUUGCUGACACUACUAGUCUUUGUGGCUUAAGUUACCAGUUCAGUUUUCUGUUUAAGUGGUCAGAGUUUCACCGGACUUUGAAUUCAUUGUAGAGUGUGACGAAGAUCACGCUGCGAAGGCUACUUCUCGAUCAACAACUGUACUUUUGAAAUAAUGCUGCGUGGUGCAGUCGAGAACUAGACGCCCACAAUGAAUCCACGAACUCUGCCCCUGAGAGCCCUGCUGUUUCUGGGGCUUUGGCACACUGGGAGAAGAAGUCUAGCCUCGGCCCCAGGGCUGCAAGAGCAGCCCAAAAGGAUAGCUGUGGUCGGAGCAGGCAUUGGAGGCACAUCUGCAGCGUUUUACCUGAGGCAGGAAUUUGGAGCCGGGGUGAAGAUCGAUGUCUUUGAACCAGGAGCCGUUGGUGGACGACUUGCGACAGUGAAGAUCGGAGAUUACGAGUAUGAGACGGGAGGCUCAGUGAUCCAUCCUCUGAACCUACACAUGAAGCACUUCAUGGAAAAAUUAGGUAUUCCUCAGAGGAAAGAUGUCCCCUCUAAAAUGGCAAUCUUUGAUGGAAAGGAGCUCACGUUUGAAGAGAGUGACUGGUUUAUUGUCAAUUUCUUACGCAUACUCUGGCAAUUUGGGUUCAGCUUUCUCAGAAUGCAUAUGUGGGUGGAGAGUGUUAUGGACAAAUUCAUGAGGAUCUACCAGUACCAGCAGUAUGGUUACUCAUUCUCCAGUGUGGAUAGGCUCCUUCAUGCCAUGGGCGGCGAUAGUUUUCUCAUCCUGCUCAAUCAGACCCUGGAGGAAACGAUGAUGAGCCAAGGAUUUUCACAAAUCUUUCUCAACAAUAUGGUCGCACCCAUCACUCGUGUCAACUACGGCCAAAGUGUUCGCAUCAAUGGUUUUGUGGGGGCAGUGUCAUUAGCAGGAGCGGCUCCAGGCUUGUGGGCAGUAGACGGAGGCAAUAAGAGAGUGUGCUCUGGACUGCUGUACAACAGCAAAAGUGAGCUUGUCCCUGCCAGAGUGACCUCCAUUUCAGUCAAAGUUCGACCAUCCAAAGCAGGCACCACAACCAGUUUCUAUGAGGUUAAUUAUGUUGGCGAAUCAGGCUCAGCACACUCUCUGUAUGACAUAGUGGUGAUAGCAACGCCGCUUCACCAGGGAAAAUCUGACAUCACCUUCUCAGGCUUCUCUCCCCCGAUCCCGUCUCACUAUCCCGGACGUUACCACCAGACUGUCUCCACUCUGGUCCACGGCAUGCUGAACAUGUCCUACUUGGGGACCACAGAGCAAGCCUCGGAGUUCACUGUGUCUGACAUCCUCACCACAGACUCAAAGGACUCCGUCAUCAACAGCCUGGGCUCUCUUGACCCUGUGCACAUCCCUGAGGGUUACAAGCGACCCCCUGCCAGCCAGACCAAAGUCUGGAAGGUGUUCUCCCCACAGCCGCUGUCCCAGGAGCAGCUGCAGGACAUGUUCCUCUCCUGGGAUUCAGUGUCGGAGACUCGGUGGCUGGCUUAUCCUUCUUACCGCCCGCCGCACCGCAAGACGCCUCCAUUCAUCCUGCACAACCGGCUGUACUACCUCAACGCUUUGGAGUGGGCGGCCAGUGCCAUGGAGAUGAGCGCUCUCUCUGCCAGGAACGUGGCCCUGCUGGCGCACCACCGCUGGCACCAGCAGGUCGGCAACAUCGACCAGGAAGACCUACACACCCGACUAAGAGGAGAACUCUGAAGAGAGAAACCUAAAAGCAAUACAAUACUAUCACUCAAGCAGAGUAUUAAGCCACACAGAUACGCAUGGACAAGCCUAGUGCACUAUAACAACAGUCCUGUCAGGGCAAAUCCAAACUUUUAUUCAGGUAUCUGAUUCAGGUACCACUUUAAACUCAACACAAUUUAUUACAACUUUGAACUUAUUGAUGUUGUGGCGACCAUCAUUUCCAUUGUUUACUCAGCAGGUAAAACAGGGAUGUUGCUACAAUGAAGUCCGACAAAGCAAAGCACACAGUCAGCAGUCAAGCAAUCGGACAUGUUGUAUACAAGUCAACAAUUUAAUCAGAUUCUCUAAACCGCUGUAUUUGGAGGUAAAGCCAUGAAUAAUCCCACGAUGCACAGCAACACUUCCUAUGCCAACAAAACCACUUCAAAUAUGGUGUUUUAAAGUUGAAUCGGGAAGUCUUUCUGUCACUGUUUGUCUUCUCUUCCAAAUGCGUCUUGUUGACCUGGGGGGGGUUUGUUGUUUGUUUACAGCUUGUCUGUCUGUUUAGAGAACCGACCUCUUGCUCUGUCUCACUUCUAUGUUAGCAUUUUGUCUGCUUUCCUAGAUGUUAUUAUGCAAAUAGGAACAAAACUGAGAAACAAAUUGCAAUGAUCCUCUAAUCACCAUAACAGUCGCCUCAAUAGAAUCCCACUAAAAGACGGCUCAACACUGUGCUGUGCUGAGCUUUGUAAUCAGUGUGAACCACGCUGCACUCCAGGGUAGAAACAUUUACUUUUAGGUGUUCCUCUGUCUACGUGUGUGUUUUUUUUAAUGUGCCCAGAUGCUGUUAUGAACAAGGCACAGCUUACAUCGAACAAAUCAGCUUGUUGGUGUCACGUUGACCAAGAUGUCCUUUUCUUGAGGAUGUGUCUUCUGAUGACUCAGCCUCUCUAAAACGUUGUCUUUCUAAAUUAUUUGUUAUUGAUGUCAGUUAUGAAGUAUUAACAUGUCCGUGUUCAUUCCUACUAUUUAAUUGUACUGAUCUUUUUUUAAGUCUUUAUUUGGACAGUCUAAUUACACUGAAGAAUUGUGUGAAUUCAAAUCGUUAAAACUAUGAUGGUGCCUUAAAGAUAUCAGAGUAAUUGACUUAUGUCUUUAUUAAGUAAUAAGUCUCCCUAUAAUUUUAAAAAAUCAUUUCACUUCGGGUUUUCAUGUGUUGCUUUUAUUGAAGUGAAGGCCGCGACGAUCAGACUGAAACGAGUUUGGUGCAUUUAUGUGUUUUGUUGUAACAUGUAAAGUGGCUUGUCAGAUGUGCUGUGGCUUCAAAAGACUACUGUAUCUAAAUCACUUUAAUGUUUGUUCGCCACUUUGGGAAGAAGUUUGCUAAUUGUUUCUCAAGCACUUUGAAAAGGUGUAUGUUUAUAGAUUUUUGAAAACGUUUUUUUAUUGGGGGAGUUGUCGCUAAAAUAAUAUUAGCAGCGUUUAAUUGACAGAAAGGUUUCACUUUCACACUUAAUUCUUUUGGAAAAUACCAGGAAGAAAACUGUCUUCUUCUGCACAAAUACAAUGAGGCUUUUAAUUACAAAUAUAAAGGUUUUAUUUGAGAUUUUAAACAAGAUUGAAACCUUCCAGUCCAAACAGUAUGUUUGGCAAGUUGUUACGAUCACAAUAAAGGGAUGAAACCUU